AUGCUCUGCGAAAACCGUCCCGAAGGCUUCGGCCCCAAAUCAGCUCUCUCCAGCCAUCUACCAACGACAUGUUUCGCCGAUGUCAUCGUCGUCCCACUUGCGACGUGGACAUACCUCAUCAUUCUAUUGAUCGCUGUUCCACCAUGUGUACUCUCACGGCGAGCUUCAGCCUCAGCUUCAGCCUCGCCGUCGAACACGGCUGAAGCCUCCACAGCAGGAGACCUGCCCUCGGACAAAGUCGUCACGUCAGCGCCAGCGUCGACAUCGACGCCAGUGACGAAGUCGCCGUCCGCGGCUGUGAAGGUCGCCAGCGCCGUCUAUUACCUACUGAUCGUGGCCAUGUUGGCCAUGGUGUCGCUUGAGAUGGCCCGUCUGAGCGUCGCCCAGCUCGGCAUUGGCGUCCUUCCUUUCACGUACGUCGGCAUACUCGCCGCCCUGGUUAUUCACGUUGCUGUGUCGACAACAUCAUACAGGUCCGGAUUCGGACGAGUUGGUAUGCAUAUCUAUGGUGGUGACGCGCGGUGGCAAUGGACGGCAAAGGUCGUCAACGUGCUGUAUUGGGUGAUGUUAAUGUGUGCGAUGGCAAUCAAGGUUGCCAGCCAGGCACAGGAGCAGAACGUACUGGGUGUGCGGACGGGUCAGCAGGCACAGUAUCCCAUUUCGGAUUCUAUCACGGACAACGCAACCAUGAUGGGGGUGGAGCUUGUGCUUUUGAUCUUGGAGUUGCUGACUAUCUGA